AUGAUGCCAGUCAGCCACACAUGGUCCUUCAAAACUGGAGUUAAAGUGACUGUGAUUCCUUGUCUUAGGUUAACAUCACAGUCUUCUGAGAACUUCGAAGAAAGCCCUCAACCUCAAAAGCCAUCUAGCCCAGGUGAAUUCCAGGACAAGGAGGCUCCCACACCCAAGAUAUCAUCCAUCACAUGUGGCCAGAUGCCUGAACAUAGGACUCCGCUGUUUUCUGAGCUACACCUGGCCAAGUUAGAGAGAAUGUUUGCGGAGAACAUUGAUUCAAAUGGAGUCCUGGAUCUGGGAGUUUUCAUUAAGACCAUGAAGAAGGUUCUGCAGAAUGUGUCAGAUGAGAUGCUGGAGACCCUGUUUUUGAAGGCGGACUCAAAUUGUAAUGGCUUCAUCACCUGGGAGAAAUAUAUGGAUUACAUGAUGCAUGAGUUCCAGGGGCUGGAGUUGAUGAGGAAGAGCCAGUACCGCCUGCUGUUCCAGCUCCCUAUGAGGAUCAUCCCCCUGAAUCAUGGGUGUGAGAUUGUGAAAGUGGAGUUUUUCAUCCAACGAUUCAAGAAGAUUGGGUGUUUCCUGACUAUCACCAAAGAUGGGAUCCUGCAGUUCUGGUCUGAGUCUUUCUCACUGAUUAACUCCUUUAUGCUUAGCCAGUUCCUGCAGCUCCACAGCCAGCAGAUGUGGGUCACAGACAUGGUGUGCCUGCCCAACCUGAACCUCAUUGCAGUUUCAUCUACCAAACUGAAGAUAGAGUUCUUUGAUAUUAGUGACCAUAAAUGUGUCCGGACCUUCACCUUUAUUGAUCUGGACUGCUGUGUCUUGGCCAUGAACUACUGGUCUGACUAUCACAGAGGUGUGUUCUGCUAUGGGGACACCAAGGGCAAUGUUAUUGUCUUCAUCUCUGACAGUGUGACCACCGGACUGUUCAACCCCCACAUCCUCCCCAGACUCUCCAAAUGGGAUCACUGGAUCAAGGUUUCCAUGCCAAAACUCUUAACUGAGAAGUCUGCUGUAUACAGAAGUUACCAGCUGAGGGCUCUCCAUCCCAACUGGUGUCAGAAGGUCAAGUUCAUUUCCGAUCUGAACCUCGUGGUCUCCUGUUCGGCCGUUGAGAAGUCCUCUCUGGUGCUGACAGUGUUGCCAGCCAAAGACCUUGAGAAACCCAGGUUCACAGUGCUGAGUUUAAGAAAAGGAGUUCUUUGCUUUGAUUACUGCUCAGACAGGAACUUCCUGGCGACUGGUGGCUAUGACUCCCACAUCUACCUGUGGAACCCCUUAUUCUCCAAAAAGCCUGUGUGGGUGAUGAAGGGACAUCAGACCUCCGUGAUGCACCUCCUCAUAAACAGCAAGAAUAGCAGCAUCCUCAUCAGCAUCUCCAGGGACAAGAACAUCCGCGUGUGGGACAUGCAGGACUACAUCUGCCUGCAGUCCUUCUGCGGGAAGCUGUUUGCCCUGGGGAACUGCCCCAUCACCAGUGCCUGCUUCCACGAGACCGACAACACCCUCAUCUGCAGCACCUAUUCCAUUGGGAUCUUAAAUGGCUAUUUGGAGUGUCAGCAGCCUAUGAAAACAGGAAAGCUGUCAACUCACAGUGCAGCCGUGUGCAAUGUCCUUUACAGCAAGAUCUUUAAGCAGGUAGUGAGUGGCUGCCUGCAUGGCACCGUGUGCGUGUGGGAGCUGUUCACCGGCACAAAAAUGGUGGAUUUCUCCGUGUCUGGCACACAUUUUGUGGAGCUGACCUCCAUGGCCCUGGACGAGUCCGAGCGGUGUCUGCUCACAGGUUUGCGAGAUGGCACCAUGAAGAUGUGGAACUACAACAGCGGGGAAUGCCUCCUGACCUUUCCCAACCCAGACAAGGUGGAGAUUAGUGGACUUGUCCAUAUGAACAAAGCAUACUACAUGACGGGGUGGAGUAAGAGAAUCACCAAUUUCACGUUCCACAAGACCAAGCCGGUGCUCUUGUGCUACCACUGGCAGACCUUCCACACGGAGGAUGUCCUGAGCAUGGCCAAGUACCAGCACCAGUUCCUCGGCACCUCCUCCUACAAUGGGGACAUCCUCUUCUGGAACGUCAACACAUUGAAGCCCGUCCUGAGAUUCAAUGCAUCCUUCAGCCCCUUGCCCUUGAAACCCAAGAAGGUGCUAACUGAGGGGUGCCUGGCUGAGAGGCACUCCAACAAACCCUGCAUGAAGCAAAAGAAGUGGGUACACAAGGUGCCCCAAAAGUCCUCCAGGGUGACAACCAAUGCCAACCUGAGGCGGAAUCUGGUGUCAGCACCCCCUGUGAUGAGCCACUCAUUCUCCCCCUUGCUCCCAGGACACCAGAGAUCCUACAUUCCUGUGCCCUACAAGAUGCUUCUCAGCCUUGAUAGAUCCGGGCUGGCAAGAGACACCUUUACCAAACAGUCAAUGUACAAAGAGGCCCAAAGGAAAAAGGGGGAACUUCAGAAGAAGCUGCUGCUGCAACAGUCCAGAGCCUCUGUGGAAAAGAUCAUCUUCCUGCAGACCAGGCCUCGCCAGCCACACACAGCUGCCAUGCUGAGCAGCUGCAUCGACGGCCACAUCUACGCUUGGUCCAUCCACGGGAAUGGAGGCCUGCUGGGCAAGUUCCCUGUGGACCUUAAGGAUAAUGGGGAUGUGGUUGUGGGUGCCAUGGCCACUGAUGAAAAUGACUGGAUCCUCAUCACAGGGGAUUGUAAAGGACACAUCAAGAUCUGGGACAUUAAGGAUUACUGCAUACUUAUCCACCAGCAGCCACUGCAUACCAGUGAGAGCAAGAUCCCCAUUGAAACAGAGAACAAGUUCCGGAUCUUGAUUCCUAAACGGUUCCAAAUGAACAUCCCACACUACAUUCCCUUGAAGGAGACGGAGGUUGUGGCUGGUCAGAUCAUUUCCCUGGUUCCCCCCAAACUCCUGAAUACCUGGAGAGGCCAUUUGGAAAGCAUUGUGGACAUCCUGUACAUAGACACCUUCCAACUGGUCAUCAGCGCUGGCCAGGACCGGGACGUCAAGGCUUGGAAACUCUCCGGUGAUGCCAUUGGGACAUUUGGCCUGAAUGUUUGGAAAAGACUACAGGAUGCCAAAAUGGAUGGUAUUCAUGAACAGAGAGAAAGCGUGGAGGAAAAGUCCGACUCCAUAGGCACCCUCCUCAAGGCCUCCCACCAGGAGCUGCAGUGAGCUCUUAACAGCAGGGAUCUGGCUGAGGCGCUGGUGUACCAACGGCGGGAGCAAGAGGCGCUGAUGUUACUGUUGAGUGGCAGAGCAGAUACAGAGGCGGAGGCUUGGGCCAAGCUGCACAGGAUGGCCCCAAUGUCCCCGUGGGCUGGCGAGCACUCCCUGCAAGACAUCGAAGCCAGCUGGAGUGAGUGGGAGUCCAAGGGCAAGCAGGUGAGCAAAGUGGUGGGGGCAGCGUUUAAGCCCAAGGAACGGUUGCAGAACCCCAAAGUCCUGUUCAGUGGCGUGCAGAACACCUGGAUGAAGCGGCAGAUCUCUCCUCAGAUCUACCAGAACCUGUUCUUCAACGAGCUAACUCCUGUCCAGCCGCCCGACUCCCUGAUACACAGGGUCCUUGACCAGCAGGGCCGGCACAUCCGCUGGGUGGCGCAUGAUCUUGAGCCUCCCAGGGACCAGGUGUUUGUGGACACCACGCCCAUUGCUACCUCCUCCCACUCCUCCUCCUUGUCCCCAGCAGCCUCGACUUUCAGGCUGCUGGACUCCAGCUCCUCCCUGCGGCCUCGGUCCUCCACCUCGUGGCCCAGGUCAGCCUCCAUGACCUCCCCCUCAGCCCUGCCUGAGGGGUCCCAGUCCACCCUGCAGAGGCCAGAGAUCACCAUGGCUGUCGCCUCUUCCCUUCUGCGCCCCCCAAAGCCUCUGGAAGCCCCCGUCAUGUCCUCCCCAAGGAGGAGCUUCCAUGUCAGGUUCUGAAGUGUCCACCCCUGUCUCCAGCCCUCCAGCAAGGCACCAGCUUGUGGGGUCCCGCUGUCCCUGGCUCACACCUUGCCAGUCCUGGGGACUGUGGGCUUUUCCCCAGUGGCUCCCAUUCUGCCUCUCUGGAGAAGUCCUGUUGUCUUCUCUCUGGAUCUGCACAAAGUCUUGGAGAAGAAAAUAAAUGUUCUCAUUUGUCAGAGUCCUGCAGGUGAUGAGGCUGGGCUGGGCUCACACCCUUAGUCCCUGCUUCGAUCAGCCACACCCUGGAGAGGCCCCUGGGAAGACACAGAGAGUCCCGGCCCCAGGAUCCUGGACACAGUUGACUGGCAGGCGAUAGGUGACACCUGAGGGUGGGCCGUUGGUGGGCCCCUGGUGCUGAGGCGGGUGGGUCACACCUUGGGGGAGCUGCAUGGCCCAGAGUCUUGGUUCUGUCUCAUGGAACAUGAGGCCCAGAGCCCAUCGGGUGGUGCCAGUGGCUGUUUUUCCCCUCCUCUGCUGUCUGUCCAGCCCCCCUCACCCACAGGUACUCCAGCUACACCCCUGUGCGGGGAAACAGAUGGUACCCACCUGGCUCUGGAGCCUCCCUCUGACCCGGAAGCACCAUCUAGGCCUCUGCUGGGCCACCAGCCAUCUUGAGGCAUGUGGGGAUUUUUGGAUGCAGAAGAUAGCAUUUAGAGGUCAUGAGGCACAGGCCUGUCGGCCAGGCCGUCACCCCAAACCAACUUAUGCCCUUUUUAGCUUUGGUGACCACUGCACAGACAGAGCCCCUAGGCCCACCCUUGCCAUGGUUGUGGACCAUGCUACUCCUCCCAGGUACCCCAAGACAGCUGUCCUCAGGCUAGCAGAGCUGAGCUCGAGGGCAGUGCACUCCUGAAUUGGCUGCCCAGAGGGUGGAGAGGCCAGGGGAGCCUGUCUGAGUCCCCAGGGCAGGAGGUUCGAGGCCCCUACCUCCCGCAGAGCAGUCCCUACAGGUGUAUCUCUUACAUGCGGGGUGUAUUGAGUCCUGUGUCAAGUGUGCUUUGAGGAAGGGUUAUCAUAUCACUGGAGGGCAUCUGAGGAGGUCCUCUAGAGAGGGACCUUAACUCAAGAUGACAGGGUCCCUGACAAACAUCACAGAAAGGAAUUUCAAGACAUGUCAGAGAGAGGCACCAACAAAUUUGUUCAGGAAAGCAAGCAGUGCACAUUUAGUGGAGGACGCGGGUCAUCUUAAGGGUGAGACAUACUUUGGAGGACUCAGGCACUUCUUUUUAAAGGAAACUGAGAGGUGGGCAUGGGAAGGUAUGGGGGGAUGACAUUAGUCUGGUGGUCACAGAUGGCUUAUGGUUGUCUGGUUGUUCCCAGAGUCCUUAGAUCGAUGUUAUCUGUUAUCUAGACAUUAUAUAACUUUGGGGAAAUAUACUGGAUUAUAGAUUUUGUAUCUCUCUUUGCCUAGUGUAUUCUAAAAAUACAGGUAUUCAUGGGCUGAUUAACUGUGCACAGGAUUUCAUAAGUGGGCAAAUUCCAGUAAGUUUAAGAUCCUGAGCGAAGAUUUGUAGAUUGCCCAGAAACUUGGGAGUGACAGGCCUGGGGAAGAACUGGCCUGGGAAGGACAGGUGGGAGGAACUUUAGCUUUUAGAUUAAAGCUAUAAUCUCCUUGUCCUUCCUCUCGUCUCCUUUCUACCCACCUUUAUUCCUUUAUCCCGCCUCACUGAGACGAAUGGAACCCACCCCUGGAGGCUGGGCAUGGUGGCACUUGUUUAUAAUCCCAGCAACUCUGGAGACUGAGGCAGGAGGAUUGAAAGUUAGAGGCUAUCCUGGGCAAUUUAUCAAGAUCCUGUUGGAAGGUUAAAAAAAUAAAAAAGCAAGGCUGGGGUUGUAACUCGGGGUAGAGCGCCCCUGGUUCAACCUACCCCUCCCACCGAAA